ACGUCAAACACCUUGAUGACUGCCAAACAUAACUAAAGAUUGGGAGAACAACUUCUCAAUUUAAUUCACACUCCCAAGUUGGCUGACCGGCAAUAUGUUGAGGGUACUGAAGAGAGGGAUUUUAGUCAAAAAAGUAACAUGGAAACAAGGAAAGAGGGAACUGAAACUGUGCACGAACUUCCGCAACGUUCCUACACUUAGAUCAUCAGAAGCUGCGCGCCUCCUGAGUUCCGGCGUAUGUCCGCCCAAGUAUGAACCACCAAAAUCCCAUACGGGUCGAAAUGCGCUGCUCGGUGCUCUGGCGUUGUUCGGCGCCACCUUGGGAUACGCCAAAUACGACGACGAAUUCAGAAGAAUGAUCGAGGAUAACGUGCCAUACAGUGAUCAGGCACUCAAGUACCUGUUGUUCGAGGAGAAUCCCUUUGGGUUCAUUAGCGAGUAUUACGAUUCACUCAGAGAGAUGAUCGUGGGCGCUUCUAAUAGCAGUUCAUCCCAGUCAUCAGACAUUCAAUUGCCCAAGUCUUACAAAGCUCCACCGCCGAUUUCUCCGUCACUGGACCUACCCAAGAAAGAAGAGUCAGGCUACACCGAGAUCCGUGUCGAGAGCAAGGAGGACUGCGAGUCCGAGCCCAGCGUCACCGUUGGCGGUGAUGUCAAAGUCGAAGAUGACCGACCGGACAUUCAGCUCCUGGAAAGACAAAUCUCGGAAGCUGCCACCGAAGCAGUCAACGCCUACAACCGUGCGAUCUACAAUCUUAAGAAGUACAGUGCGGAGAUUUGUCACGUGAUCGAUGAACAAGUCGACCGCAUCAAGCCCGACGUCUGGGACCGGAUCAGGGAAAAAGGCCGGCUUAAGAAGGAAGCUAUCCAAUGUGCUGAAGAGAAGGCUGCGGAAGCCUCCAAGAAAAUCGUCGAACUUAAAUGUAUCAUUUCAGAAGACACGCGUGGUAUUCCGGCAACCAAAAGGGACAUCAUCCUGGCCAACAUCCAACAAGUGCAACAAGACAUUGAAAAAGGCAAGAACGAACUCGAACGUGAAAAGAAAGGAAGCACCGUCACAGAAAAGUACUGGGAUAAGGUUGAAUCAGCACGCAAGCAUUUUUCUUACGAACUGGAAACUCUGUUCCCCAGCGUUAAACUGGACGCAAAAGAACUGAAUUUAAGCGCCGAAGAGUUCGACCUGUUCAUCUUGCACGCCUACGCCAACGUGUUGUAUUACCAGAAAGAACUGGCACGCAUGGACACCGUAAUUCACGAUAAAAUCCAACGUGCCACCGAGAAUGCAAGCCGCCGCGGUGAGGCCGCCCUCACCGAAGCCCAGAUUUGCGAAGCCAUCCAGCAGGAGAAGAGGAAGCUCGCCCUUUGCUUCCAACAACAAUCCUUGAAGAUGAAAAAAGAAGCUGAUUGCGAGAUGCGUGAAGCGUUGAAGCGUCAGUCCCAAACAUUCGCCGAUCAUUUGGCUGAGGCUAUCGAAGCGAGGGCCAAGGAAAUCGAACGUGAGUUGACCAGAGCGUUUGACGAACAACUGGAGAGCGAGAGGUGUAAAUUCAAGUACCAACUUGCCACCAUGGUUGGUAGGCUGAAGGGCUUGGACCAUGCCAUCAAACAAAAAGCAAAUCAAGACGCCAGUGAAAAACGUGCUCAGGUGUUGUGGAGCGCGUGCCAAGCCCUCAUAAGAUCAUUGAAGGCUGGCUGCCCCGGCCAAAACUGGAGGGACCAACUCCGACCCCUCAAUCCUGAAAUCAGCGCCGUUCAAAAAGCCGCAGCUGAAAAUGACGAACUGGUUAACACCGUCGUCGCCGCCAUCCCCAAGGAGGCUUUGGAACGCGGUGUGUACCCAGAGGAGGCUCUCAAGGAGCGUUUCCUGAAAGUUGAACAAGUGGCCAGAAAAGUAGCUUUGGUGCCUGAAGGCGGUGCUUCACUCCCGGUUCAUAUCUUAUCCUACAUCCAGUCACUGCUUCUCGUGAAAGCAGCCAGUCCCAUUCCGCAGGCGGAGCUCGAGGACAAGAGCGAAAUCGACUUUACCAAACUGGAUACCAAUGAUGUCUUGCAGAGGGCGAGGUACUGGAUGGAUCGUGGAGACAUCGAACAGACUCUUAAAUACAUGAACUUGCUGAAGGGCGCUCCUAGAUCCGUAGCUAGACAAUGGAUGAACGAGGCCAGGAUAUUGUUAGAGACGCAACAGGCCGCCAACACACUGAUGGCCUACGCAGCAUCCAGUGGCUUGGUCCAUCUGUAAACGUGAUUUUAAAAAAAUAUUAUCGGUUUCUGUUAUUUAUUAUCUCUACCGCUAAUAUAUUUUUUUAAAUAUACCUAUUUACUGAUUUGUCAUUUAUUGCUUUUAAGCGACAUUGUUAUUUAAUUACCAAAUUAUACUUUCAACAGAAACAAGUCACAAUGUGUAUCAAAGAAUCCGUUAGAUUUGUUUGUUAUUACACUGUUUUUUAUUUAACAUCGGAAUUAUGUAUUAUUAUAAUUUGUAAAUAGA